GGUGUGCCCAGCAGAGCUUAGAGAGACGCGUUCACGCGGGUACGCGCGUGCAGGUAGCGGACAGCAUUUGAGUACUGGGCGAUUUGUGAGACGUUGAGGUGAUAGCUCUGCUACAGGUGGUUUGUCGUUUCUUCGUUACCAGCCAGUGAAACAGCGAGAUUACGGUGGAGCUGUGAUGGUCUCUUGAAACCAAUUAAACAAGUGUCUCAACAUCUUCAGAUCACAGACGGUGUAUUAUACUUGUAGACCCUCCCCUCCGUUCAACUUCUCAGUAUUUCACCAUGGAGGCCAGAGGAAAGUAUGACUUCAAUGGCACGGCAGAGGAUGAGCUUAGCUUCCGGAAAGGAGACAUUCUAAAGAUUCUGGGAUCUCAGGAUGACUGGUUCAAGGCAGAGCUACAUGGUCAUGAGGGCUACAUACCCAAAAACUAUGUUGACAUGCAAUCGCCGAGCUGGUUCAGAGAGACCGCCAGUCGUGGCUCAGCUGAAGAGAUGCUCAUGUCCCGAGAGGUGGGUGCUUUCCUGAUCCGCGGCAGCCAGAGUUCCCCUGGAGACUUCUCCAUCUCAGUCAGACACGAGUAUGAUGUACAGCAUUUUAAAGUUAUGAAGGAUAAAUCGGGCCAGUACUACCUGUGGGCGGAGAAGUUUAGCUCUAUAAACAAGCUUGUGGAGUUCUACAAGACCACCUCCAUAUCUAAGCAGAGGGAGAUCUUCCUUAGGGACGGAAGUGGAAAUGAGCCACGCGCACCUCCACCUUUAAAAAGUCAACCAGAAGGUCGGCCUUCCCCAGGUGGUGGUUAUGGCGGUCCACCAACCUCAUCGCAACACCGUAACACGACAGAUCAAACUCACAACCAGAAGAGUAAGAGAGGAAGUGUUGAGGAGAAAGCUAACACUGUGGGUCACCAGGGGAGGAACAGCCCAGCGCCUCGGCGAACCUCUGAAACUUUGCCUACUCCGAGGUCCGCCAUACAGGUGAAAGCAUUGUAUGACUUCACAGCAGAGGAAGAUGACGAGUUGGGCUUCAGUGCCAAUGACAUCAUUGAAGUACUGGACCGUUCUGAUGCUUCAUGGUGGAAAGGUCGAUUGCGCGGCAGGACUGGUCUUUUCCCUGCCAAUUACAUAGAACUGAUCUGAUGUGUUCUGAUCGCUCAAAGGUGUGGAAUCACUAUACUAAGAGUCAAAUCCAUCAUUCUCUUACCAAAUGCCUGCCAAUAAUAUAUGGACUGGGUGAUUAUUUUCAAAUUACUUUUAUAAAACUGGCUGCAGAACUGUUAGAGAAGUGAGAAAAAGACUCAUGGAGCUCUUUGUUGCUUCUCUUUUUCAUAUACAUAAUCAUGUUUUUUAAAUGUCACAAAUAUGGUACGAAGAAAGAACUAUACCAUUUCCCUUAUGUGUCAAAUUCUCUUAAUGACUAGACAUUUUCCUUAUGUGAAUUACUGAAUUCUACAGUAUAUAGCCCAUGCAAUGACCCUUCAGUUCAUGUUUAUAUUUUAAGAUCUUUAGUAGGACACACUAACACAAGAUACAGUGUUACAGUAGGCAAUGUUUUUAUAUUACUGUACAAAUUGUUGUAUUACAAAUCUUAGAGAUGUUUCUAACAAAUGUCAUUUGUCAAAAUAGGCCCAUGGCACAGGCAAAAGAGGUAUUGUUUUGUUAUACAAGAUGGAAAAUACAGGUGUCUGAUAUGAUAAUAACAGCGGUAAAGGACUUGAAUAAACCUUUCUGCUUUCAAAUAUAAGUCGAGUGAUAUUUUCAAAGGGUUAGUUCAACCUAACUCUGUCAUUUGAUCACGUCAUGUUUUUUCAAACCUGUAGGACUUCAUUUUUUAUUUUUCCGUGUUCCACUUAAGAAAUGAAGUUUACAGGUAAAUGAUAAAAUAAUCUAAAUAAAUAAA